AUGACCCCAGCUGAGCUCCAAUGCACUGUUCGGCGGCUGAUCUACUUCAAUGCUCCGAAGGUGUUCGUGAUACUGGUGAUGGCUGUGUUCUACUUGGACAUCCCACCCCCGCCUCAGCCUUUAGAGGUGAUUGAAGUCUUUGCCGGCCGAGCUCGCCUCACACGGCUGGCAAAAUCUAUGGGCAUUCCAUCGGAAGCCCAUGACAUUGACUUCGAUUUAGAGGGGGCUAAGUACUCAAAGAGUGCGAUGGACAUCAACAGCUCUGCAGGGCUACUGCUACCUGCUUUCCAUUUGGGGCUCGUCUUCGGGUCCAUGGUCCAUGGAUGUCACUAUUUGAGGUGUGUUUGUCUUUCAGACAACGCGCGGGACCCAAAACAUCAACAGCUCCGUAGGGCUCUUAUGAAUUGGGAUUUUGAAGGGUAUCGGCAUCUUGGUGUGAAAAAGUGGUUUGUAUCCUUUGUGUUGAAGUCUAUGGAGGUCACAAUUUGA